AUGUAGCUCACGUUCUCCCAUUUAGCUUUUACUGCUCUGUACCCUAUAAGAGAAAUGUUACGUUAUUUCAUGAAUUCUCAAAGCUUGUUGAAGUCGGCGUAAAACCACAACAACCCUGAUUUUGUUCCCUAGAGGUUACCGGGCGAGUGAGACGAACCACGCGGGAAAAUACGAGCAGUUUGUGAACGGUCAGUGGACAGUGAGGGAUUGCUCUCUGGCUGUGGCAGGUCUUGUGUGGGACCAGGGAGCUUGUCAGUGUGUGUGGGGACCUGACAGCAAGGAGAUGAUUACUGGACAGGGAAUCACCCCCUGUGAUAUCAUGCUCAACAUGACCUUUGAGAGCGGGACCAAGGACUCGGCCAAGAAUUCAUUCGUUGAGGUCGCUCGUGGGGUUCCCCUGGCCACUCACGUGGUGUCAAGGCCAGGGUACAAAGGUGUGGGGAGGACGGCUGCUCAUUUCACGGACACAGCUCUCAACAUCUGGCACUUCGCAGGAAACGAAAUGGGCACUUCUCUUCGUGUCGAAUUCAAAUUCAAAAUGACGAACAACCCAGCCAACAAGAACAACUACCAGAUCUUCCUGUCCAACGGCUGUAACGUGACCAUCCCCGGGUACACCACGCCCUCCCUCGCCAUCGGCUACAGGCCUGUGGACCAAUCCUACCUUCUGGCUUUUGAGACUGCCAGCGCUAAGAAAGCUAUUGUUUGUCAGCGACCAUUGGGCGCCUACGACUGGCACACAGUGUCUCUCAUCUACGAGGACGGCACGCUGCUCAUGAGAGUUGACGGUCACCCGUGCAUCAUCUCACAGGACUUUUCAGGUCCAGUCCAGAAGACAUCGUGUCCAUUGACCAUCGGAGCUGACCCCCUGGAGAGAGAAUCGAUGUACCAGGGAUAUCUUGAUGACUUGGUGGUUGCCCGCUACUGUCGCCGAUUCAUCGACCACGACCCCAAUGACGCUCAGAACGGGGAUCUGAACCCCAUGCCUGUGGAAGCAAUGGGCAAUCCAGGCCAGUACUCAAGCGGCGCCGGCGAGAACAAACAUCUUCAAAGGUUCCACAAAAACAACGGACAGCAAGGGAAGACAGAUACAGGGGCGGGACCGGCGAGGUACCAGGCAGGACCAGGUGGGAAUCCCUUCCAGCCUUGGAGUCAAGACAAGUCUGCUGACUCCAGACUACCUCAUGGGGGAAUCAGAAGCUCAAACUUCAGGUCAGCUCACUGGUUUGACAACAGCGACAUCGGACCCAUGAGCAGUUUCAGCUACCGGGCGGAGAGCGGAGAGGACUCUAGUUCUUACGACGAGGAGCGGGAAUACCUUGACUAUGGGGCAGACAAUCAGCAGAGAAAAAGUGGGGGUGGAUCGAAAUCUGAGAGUAGUCUCAAAGGACCUGGCGACGGGUAUUACACCAGGAAGCCGUUCUAUAAACCUAAGCCUGAGCGUCAACCCAGCAAAUGGUUUGAAAAAGGGUACAAAAGUACCGACCGUAAACAGGACAAUAACUACAGGUACUCUAAAAGUCAAAGUCCACCGAUUCAGAGGUACGAGUAUGAGCCUGUAGUUGUGAGGAAUAAGAACAUCAGGAAAUACGGUGAGCCUCUCAGACAGCCAGAUACGCCUAAGCUUUGGUUCAAGAGAAACAACGGGCAGUAUGGAAACGGUCAGAAGUCUGAGGAAAUCUCCAAAGGCGACUUCAAACCCGUGGUAGAAAAGACUGCACCUACCCAGCCUUCUUUGUGGUUCAAAAAGGACGAAGAGGCAAAAGUGAUAGAGAAGUAUGCGCCAGAGUAUGAAGAAAUUCCGCAAUAUGAAGACUCCAAAGACUACGACGGGCCGACAGGAAGUGAAGAAAUUAUCAUCUCCAAGAAACAGAAAACAGUUGACAACGAUAAGCUAGUGUCUGUUGAGAAGAAAGAAGAGGAAAAGGAACCGUUGUAUGGUCAGGAAGAGAAAGUGGGUGACUACAAGGACGACUAUACUGUGGGGGAGGAUUGGAAAGGUAAAGAUUCUCGAGGGAGUAAAGAAGUAGAAAAUAAGAAAUGGGAACCUAAGACAGAGAACAAAGAGGAUUAUCAGCAAAAGGAUUACUAUGCAGAUUAUGAAGAGCCCGUGAAGCAGAAAGGAGAUAUUGAGGAGCCUGUCAAUGAUUACGACAACAAGGUGUCCAACAAAGGUUUAGCCAAAAUACCCAAGAUCCCCAAAAACAAGAGAUGGUACAAAAAACCGUUCUCACAGUCAAGUCCUGAUUACGAAGAGCAGGUCAAUGUCGAUCAAAUUGUCAAACCCAAAUCGGCAUCCGAUUUCUACAAGCAGGAGCAGUUGGAGCAAGACUUACAACCGAAAGAAAAGAAACAUUUUUUCAACGAGGAGGAUCUCCUGGCGCAGUACAAGCCUUAUGACGGACAGAAGUUUGAACAAAUGUACGGCUCUGUUCUCGCCAAGUCGCUGGAGAGUGUCAGAAGAACCCGGACGUUCACUCAAGACUACGACACCUCAGAGAAAGACGAGAGCACCAAAGAAGACCUCAAGUAUCUAUUUCAAGAACCAAAAGCCAACGUUGAAACACAAUUAGAGCCACUGACGGACAAAUCGGGAAGCGAAGACAAUUGGAAACCUAAACAACAGGCCAAAACCAAACCAGUACAGUCGGAACUGAAGGAAGAGAAAAACGUGAACUCCUUUUUGCCGGAUCGUAAACCCGUUUCCUACACAGACGGUAAAAAGACACAGGGCAAAUAUGAGGAGGCAUCAGGUAAAUCUUCAUUUUCCCGUGCUGCCAGCGACCCCCAGGGCGAAGAGCAGGUGUUCAAAUACCGAGGCCCCCGCCGCCCUGACGUCACACACUCCAGGCGAGAGAGGACAAAACAGAAACCACACGGCUUCAUGUCUCGCAGAAAUAAGCCAAUCAGAUGGUCGCGUCAACUUUACUCCAGAUAUUGAGGCAAUUGGCAGGAGAUGGAGGAAUGUAACUCCUCCGUGACAAUUGUCUCAUAUCUGUGAGCAAUCCUUUUGCUUUAUUGCGUCUUUUUUGUGGCAUUUCCAUUUUCAUUAACAUGAAUGUAUUGCUGUUUUACAAUAUGAUAUUCUAAGUACUGUCUUUUCCCGCCAAACCCACCCAAUCGCUUUCUCUCUGUAUCUCUCUCUUUGUAUCUCUCUCUCUGUGUAUCUCUCUCUCUG